UAUCUCGCGCGCGGGUUGCUGUCGCUGCUUACUCCCAACAGUUGGAUUCAAACGUGUCGGCGAACACCUUUUACCUCAUCCCGCACCUCCUACAGACUGCUUCAUGUCGACAUGCCAAUUAUAAGCCUGGACUUUAAGUCACCAUGCGCAUCAUCAAGCCAUCAUGGCUGAGCCAUAAAGGCGAACAGAAAGACUUCGAGGUGUAUAGCUGUCAUGUGUCGCCAGAUGGGAAGCGCCUUGUGACCGCGGGCGGUGAUGGCCACGUUCGAAUCUGGUCAACCGAAGCCAUCUAUCGCGCCGAUGAUCCUUCUUAUACCGGUCCCCGGCAGCUUUGCCAUAUGAGCCACCACCUGGGCACCAUUCACUCCGUGCGCUUCUCCCCUAAUGGUCGAUAUCUGGCUUCCGGCGCCGACGAUAAACUUAUAUGUAUAUAUCAACUUGAGAAUGGUCCUCCAGCUAUUGCGCCCUUUGGCACAAGCGGCCCGCCGCCCGUUGAGAAUUGGAAGACGUCUAAGCGGUUGAUAGGACACGAGAAUGAUGUUCAGGAUUUGGCAUGGUCCCAUGACGGCUCCAUCCUGGUGUCUGUUGGGCUCGACUCUAAGGUAGUUGUCUGGUCCGGACAUACCUUCGAAAAACUCAAGAUACUUUCUUUGCACCAGAGUCAUGUUAAAGGUAUCACCUUUGAUCCCGCCAACAAGUUCUUUGCCACUGCAAGCGACGACCGCUCUAUCAAGAUCUUCCGAUUUACUUCGCCAGCGCCCAAUGCCACUCAGCAUGACAUGGUUAAUAACUUUCAGCUUGAGACGACUAUCAGCGCGCCUUUUAAAUCUUCUCCCUUAACAACAUAUUUCAGACGGUGUUCUUGGUCACCAGAUGGUAACCACAUUGCUGCGGCCAAUGCUGUUAAUGGCCCUGUUAGUUCCGUAGCUAUCAUUGAACGCUCUAGGUGGGACAGCGAGAUUAACCUCGUUGGACAUGAAGGCCCAACCGAGGUCUGCAUGUUCUCGCCCCGGUUGUUCCACACCAAAAAGCCCGUUGAGAGUGGCACCACCAAUGGCCAGUCAUCUGGCGGUGCGCUUGUUACGGUCAUUGCAUCUGCCGGCCAGGAUAAAACCCUGAGCAUUUGGAACACUAAUACUUCUAGACCCGUAGUGAUAUUGCAAGACUUGGCUUCAAAAUCUAUAUCUGACCUUGCUUGGACACCCGAUGGGCAAACUAUAUUCGCAGCGAGCCUUGAUGGAAGCAUUGUCACUGCAAAGUUCGAGACUGGUGAACUAGGAUGGGUCGCAAACCUUGAAGAAACGGAUAAAGCGCUGUCAAAGUACGGCGCAUCCCGCAAAGCUAUGGGUAUCGCUGAGGAUGUUGAAGGCCUGCACCUGGAAAAUCAUAGUAAAGAAGGAGAACGGAAAGGUGCCGAAUCCAGGAUGGGCGCUCUGAUGGGUGAUUUUCAACCACUUCCCAAGGCUGCAUCAACUACCAAUGGCGUGAAGACCGGGACUGCUACACCCACCGCGCCGCCAUCUACGACCGGGCAAGCCGAAGUUGAGCCUGAAAAAGAAAAGGAUCAAACCGCAGCAACGCAAGAAGCAGCUGAUAAAACCGCCCAGCGAAUCAACGUACUCAAAUCCCGAGUUACAAUCACGAAGGAUGGUAAAAAAAGGGUGGCACCGAUGCUGAUAUCCUCCUCCGGCACCGGCCAGUCCUCUCUUCCCCAGACACAGCUGGUUGGUUCCAGCACUUCUAAAACGACACAAAACGACACACCGCAGACUAUAUUAGACCUUUCCAAGCCAUACGACGGACUUCCUGAAGGUGGCCUGGCUGCCAUGCUCCUCGGUAACAAGAGAAAAGCUAUCGCGGUCGAGGGAGAGGACGAUGAAGAGAACCCAAGUAAACGGCCAUCCACCGGGCCCAGGCUUAUCCAACGUAACGGCGUCGACGGUCUCGAGAAUGCAGCACUCGAGCCACCUAGACAUGGGCUAGCCCCUACGCCAGAAUUCCUUCGACCUGCAGUGCUGAGUCCUGUCAUAGCCAUAUCACAGGUUCGACUUGCGGUGCCUAAAGUGAGGAGCCAUAUUCUUCGACCCCUAGAACGAGGAAUUCUCCUCGAGGAUGCCACGCUAGAAGAAGCAUCGAAGAUUCCAGAAAACAUCAUUCUGGAGGCUCGAAAUCCGAUAUCACUGCGAGAUCCGUCACACAUUACAGCAACCAAACGUGGGAAACUACUAUGGCAAGACUAUCUUCCAAGGGCGGUUCUUCUAGUGACAGGCAGCAAAAAGUUCUGGGCCGCUGCGUGUGAAGACGGCAGUCUCUAUACAUGGACGCCCGCGGGCCGCCGUCUGAUCAAUGCUAUGGUGCUCGAGUCCCAACCGGUCGUUCUUGAAUGCCGCGGUUGGUGGCUACUGUGCAUUACAGCAGUUGGUAUGUGUUAUGUUUGGAACAUCCAAACCCUCUCCUCGCCUCACCCUCCCGUCUCUCUAGGACCUAUCCUCGAGAUCGCCACUAGUUCCCUUCAACCCCACGGCGCUAUGCCCGCCCCAGGGGUUACCUCGGCGCACUUGAAUUCUCUUGGCCGGAUAGUUGUAACUUUAACCAAUGGAGAUGGCUACCACUACUGCCCCGCAAUGCAUAUUUGGCAACGCCUCUCGGAGUCUUGGUGGGCUGUUGGGAGCCAAUACUGGAACAGCAACGAUUCUUCUGUUGGGUCGCUUCAGACCACAGCUGUUGGCUCUACAACACCCAAAGAUGAUAAAGGGGAUGAGAAUAUUGUCUCAGCUGGCAUUAUUCCCUUCUUAGAAAGACAUACUACCAAUGAAUUCCUGUUGAAGGGUCGAGCCUACACGCUCCAGCGACUCAUCAAAGCACUGUUAUCCAAGGACGGGUUUGAGAGCUUCGAAUCCAGUGUAAGCAUUGCUCACUUGGAAAAUCGUAUUGCCGGGGCGCUUCAGCUUGGGUCGAAAGAAGAGUUUCGACUAUAUCUACUCAUGUAUGCGAAGCGUAUCGGGGCAGAAGGCCACCGUGGGAAAGUCGAAGAGCUCCUGAACAGCCUCCUCGGUGGUGUCUUACAAGACAAGGUCGGUGAGGGGGACGACAAGGGCCAAGGUUGGAACAGCAAAGAAAUAGAUAUUUGCGGGUGGGACAGAAAAGACUUGCUCAAGGGGGUAGUAAUGAUCCUAGGAAAAUUCCGGGAACUACAGCGACUUACUGUGCAGUAUGCGCGUGUGCUAGACCUCACGCUCGAGGAAGAUCCGGCAGCAGAAGAUGCUAUGGUUCUUGAAGAGGCAUAGAGGGCAAUGGCGACAGUGCCAUGACAUGUUCCGGCGUUGGGUUAGGACAAGUAUUUUUACAUUGGGGUUUAUCGCUCUCUCUCACAUAGCUAGCGGGUUGGUGAUUGGGGCUUGACUCGAGGAAGCUGAUAUCAAUGUAUUAUUAUAGGCCAGAGAAUUGGCUCUGUGAUUGUACA